AUGGUCUCGCAAGAGUUCAAGCUGAGCGCCGUUCUCCAAGGCCACACAAGCGAUGUCAGAGCAGUCCUCCUACCCGAUCCGUCUCUAGCCAUCACUGCUUCACGCGACGGUUCAACACGAACUUGGAAGCAGACCUCAUCCUCACCCCCCACCUAUGACCCCUCGGAGUCCUCACAUGGCGCCCAAUACAAAACCUGCCUUGCUUUUGCCCCGUCAACGAAAGAGUAUCCCGACGGCCUUAUCAUAUCAUCCGGACAAGAUGCACUCAUAGAAGCCCGACAGCCUAGUACCACCGCCGAGGUCAACGCAGAUGGUUUCAUGGUCGGCCACAGCAACCAGGUAUGCUCACUAGACGUGAGCUCUACCGGCGACUGGAUUGUGAGCGGCAGCUGGGACAGCUCCGCACGGAUCUGGCAAGUUGGACGAUGGGAGCCUGAGGUUGAGCUGCAAGGUCACACCGCAACAGUCUGGGCUGUUCUCGCAUUCGACAAGGACACUAUCAUCACAGGCUGCGCAGACAAGGGCAUUCGGAUAUUCGACCUACGAGGCAAAUUGCGACAUGGCUGGGAGAACAAGGAUGUCGUCAGAGCCCUGGUCAGACUGCCUGAAGGCCAUGCAUCUGGUGCUGACUUUGCCUCCGCCUCGAACGAUUCGGCUAUUCGGCUAUGGACGCUCAAGGGCGACCUCGUUGCAGAACUGUGGGGUCAUGAAGCCUUUAUCUACUCUCUUGCCGUUCUGCCAAGCGGAGAAAUCGUCAGUUCCGGCGAAGACCGGUCGGUGAGAGUUUGGCAAGGUACGGAGUGUGUCCAGGUUAUUACCUUGCCAGCAAUCUCGGCGUGGAGUGUUGCGGCGAGCCCGAAUGGAGACAUCAUUGCAGGCUCGAGUGACAAAAUAGCUAGGAUAUUUACACGAGAGCCUGACCGAGAAGCUUCUGCUGAAACAAUCGCCGAGUUCAACGGGCAGCUCCAGUCGUCGGCCGUACCCAAACAGUCGAUGGAUGGGCAGCUCAAUAUGCAAGACAUGCCAGGCCCGGAAUUUCUUACUCAGAAGAGCGGUACGAAAGAAGGCCAAAGUGCCAUCAUCAAGGAUACAGAUGGCAAUCCCACUCUCUACCAAUGGUCGAUGUCUCAGCAGACAUGGAUCAAAAUCGGCACGGUCGUCGACUCAGCUGGUUCUAGCAGCAAACAACAAUAUGGUGGAAAGGAAUACGACUACGUGUUUGACAUCGACAUUGAAGAUGGCAAACCGCCCCUCAAACUACCAUACAACGUCACCCAGAACCCUUACGAAGCCGCCACCAAAUUCCUCCAGGACAACGAACUGCCACUGACGUACCUCGACGAGACUGCAAACUUCAUCAUCAAGAAUACCCAAGGUGCUACGCUCGGUCAGUCGUCUGCCACCACCGGUGCCGAUCCGUGGGGCACCGAAAGCCGCUACCGACCUGGCGAAGUCCCCCAAUCCACGUACCAGUCCAAAGCUACCUCAACACCUCAGCCUUUGCCUCAAAAGCAGUACUUGUCUAUUGUACUAGGCAAACCUGCCACCGCAUUCGAACAGGUCUCCAAGAAGAACGCGGACUAUGGCGAAACUGACAUGGCGCUAACGAAAUCCGAUCUACACACCCUGUCCGUAUUUGCCCAGCAACUGGCAAAGUAUGACUUCUCACGUUCACCUUCGCUUCCUUAUUCGAACGAACUUGUUAGCGUCCUCCCAUCCCUGGUCAAAGCUGCUACACAGUGGCAGCCUCCUAACAAUCGUCUGGCUCCGCUCGAUCUUCUCCGCUUCCUUGCUGCCGCUCUACAGACACUACCACCACAAGAUGUUAACACCGUUGACCCGGUAGCAGCGGUCCUAGGAAGCAACAUCUUCGAUGAAGGUAGCAUUGACGCCAAUGCGAAGUUGGUAAUGAUGUCUGUACGCUUUUUCUCCAACCUUCUCUAUGGCUCGGGUAAGAAGGUCAUCGAUGCUCACCUAGAUUCGAUCAUCGAAUCACUCAAGCCUGCUAGCAAGCUGGCAAAGUCCGACAACAACGUCGCGAUUGCCCUCACAACUCUGUACGUGAACAUCUCAGUGUUUUUGACAAGCAGCAACGAUCCAGAUGUUGCUGUUGCUCGAGGCUUCCAGAUUCUUGAAGAGCUGUGCCAGCUUAUAUCCAGCUUCCCUGCUGUCAAUCACUCGGCGGGUGCUGCGCCUGCCGGUCAGUCUACUGAGCCUGCCUAUCGUGCACUUGUCGCAUUAGGCACUAUCAUCGUUGGCCUGAAGCACGCAGACAUCAAGGAAGCUGCCAAGGCAUUGGAUGUGGCUACCGUCCUCGAGCAGCUUCAGUCCAAGCAGUAUCUCAAGGAGCCGCGUUUCCAGGCGCUGGUCACGCAACUUCGGUCUAGCCUCUAG